CACAUUUUGGAUCGGUUGACAGAAAAUGAGGACUAUAACGCAAUUUGUUGCUUUAUCUUGUUGGACUAAAGUCUUUAUUCGGCAUUGUGAAACGAGAACACUUUUUGGUCACAUUUUUAAAGGCCAAUCUCUCGGUCAUGGACACAAACACAGCUCAACCAAUCAAAAGAAAAGAGUGGCGAUUACUGGUAUUGGACUAGUGUGUCCUCUCGGGACAGGACUCUCGCUACCAUGGGAGAGACUCAUUGGGAGUUACAGUGGUAUUGUGGCUCUCCACUCUGAUGAAUACAGAACUGUCCCGUGUAGGGUCGCUGCCAUGGUACCCAGAGGGACUGCAGAAGGUCAGUUCAAUGAGGAAGACUAUGUUUCUCGUGGGGAGAUGAACAGCAUGUCACAAGCCACUGUCAUGGCCGUUUGUGCUGCCCAACUUGCUCUGAAAGACUCGGGAUGGUCCCCUCAGACCGUAGAGGAACAGCUCACCACAGGGGUGGCUGUUGGUAUGGGUAUGGUGCCACUGGAGGAAAUUGCCAGUACGUCAGCUGCCUUCCAAAGCAAAGGCUACAAAAGAGUAAGCCCCUUCUUUGUGCCUCGCAUCCUUGUCAACAUGGCAGCUGGACAAAUCAGCAUUAAACACAAACUGAAGGGUCCCAACCAUGCAGUAUCUACUGCCUGUACAACUGGAGCUCAUGCCAUAGGUGAUGCUGCCCGCUUUAUCAACCAUGGUGACGCAGUGGCAAUGGUUGCUGGAGGAACAGAGUGUUGUGUCAGUCCUUUGGCCAUUGCCGGCUUUGCCAGAGCACGUGCUCUAGCCACCAAAUGGAAUCAUGACCCGAAGCUAGCAUCGAGGCCAUUUCAUCCAGAGAGAGAGGGAUUUGUGAUGGGUGAAGGAGCUGCAGUGCUUCUGUUGGAGGAGAUGGAGCAUGCGCUGAGGAGGGGAGCCAGGAUCUAUGCAGAGGUUCUGGGCUAUGGAGUCUCUGGCGAUGCCAGCCAUAUCACCGCCCCCGCUGCAGAUGGAGAUGGUGCAUUCAGAGAUGGCUAUGGAGAGAAGGAUGAUCCUGAAACUAAGGAGCAUGCUGGUCAACAUCACCCGCCCCCUCCAUCAGCUGCUGGGCCAAUGCAGAAGCACACGGACCAACAGAUUGAGACGACCCAUAUCAAAGACUGUGCGCCACAGGAGGUCCUCUCUGCCUGUGGCAUUAAAAAUGUACAAUUCAUCCCUGAAAAAGUAACAGUUAAUGAUUCUUUGGCACGAUAUUCUAUUCAUUCUGUUCUUGAAUCGGCAUUUUCUUGCACAUUGUUUAUAAGAUUUUUUUCUUCAUUUUAUAGUUAUAUGUUGUGUACAGAGCAUGUUACGAACAGAAUUUCCCUCAGGAUUAAUAAAGUUUGCUGAUAUCAUGCACUGUCAUACAUAAUGAGUAAUGCUGAGAACACCCUCGCCGAAGCCUAUAAAUGCAAUAUAAUGUCUUGUGGCUGUUCUAAUAAUGCAUUAUAGAUGCCCUAGCUAAUGUGUGAUGGAUUUGGGUGAUGGAUGACCAGAACUGAAGAUGCGUUUGGUAAAUAAGAUGAACAUUUUCCACAAGUUGUACUGCAGUCCAGUUGUCUUGGGUCAUGGUUGGAUCACUAAAUUGUAUUGGAAAAACAUGUGGUUAAAUCAAGAAUUUGAGGAGUUGUCUGCAUGCCAUUAUAGUAGCAUAAAAUAUAUUGGGGGAAGAAGGGAAAUGAGGAGAUGAGGACUGAUGCGAUUAACUUUGUCUAGUAAACAUGGUCUUAAAAUUUAUUCAAAUGUCACACCUCAUUUCCAAGUUAGACUGAAUAACAUGGAAGACUGGUUCCAAAUGCUAAUCAUCUUAAAAUAGAGUGAAGGUUUAGAUGGUUUCCUC